UACAGUCUUACAUCUCCCAAUAUUCCUAAUUAGAAUUUCUGUUAACACAGCCGGUGUUUUUUUUGUUCUCCAUGCAGGCAAAUGUCUAUCAUGCAACAAAGGCGGAGGGUCAGGAGUUAGCAAUUAAAGUCUACAAAACCUCUGUCCUUGUUUUUAAGGAUCGCGACCGGUAUGUUCAAGGAGAUUAUCGUUUUAGGCAUGGUUACUGCAAGCAUAAUCCACGGAAAAUGGUUAAGACCUGGGCUGAAAAGGAAAUGAGAAACCUUCUACGAGUGAGAGCAGCUGGAAUCAGAUGCCCUAAACCGUUGCUAUUGAGGCUUCAUGUAUUGGUGAUGGAAUUCAUAGGGAAAGGAGGUUGGGCUGCUCCUCGUCUUAAGGAUGCUGCUUUGUCAGAUGACAAGUUGCGUGAAAGUUACUUUGAGAUAAUUACAACAAUGCGGACACUUUACCAAAAUUGCAAGUUGGUCCAUGGAGAUUUGAGUGAGUACAAUAUUCUUUAUUUCGAGGGCCACUUGUACAUUAUUGAUGUUUCACAAUCUGUUGACCUUGAUCACCCUUCAGCAUUGGACUUCUUAAAGGAAGAUUGCUUGCAUGUUUCUGACUUCUUUAAGAAACGAGGCGUUGCAGUCAUGACGGUAACAGAUUUAUUUAAUUUUGUUAUUGACCAAAACAUUGCUGAUGAGGAUGUCGAUAGUUACCUGGAUAAGGUUCAGCAAAAGAUCGUGGAAAACGGUGGUACAGAUACAAAUGAUGAAAUUUGUCCAACAGUCAUGGUGCAAACUUUGGAUUAUGCGAAGCGAUGCGAGGCAGAUUUAGUCAACAUGUCAAUGAUGCAACGCUCAUCCUUUGGUUACGAGCCACCAGCGGAUAAGCUUUAUGACCAACCACUAUUAGGAUUUGUACGGACGAAAAAUGCACACGCUGAAAAUCAGCAAAAACAAUUGCCACAGAAUACAAUGGAAGAAACCUUGGAUCUGCAAAAUAAGUGCUCAUUGGAGGACAAAGUGGAAGAUCAAGAAGACAAUAGUGAAUCUUGCUCAAGUUCUGAUGAAGACAGUUCGUGGGAGGAGGCUCCCAAAAUGGGACCUGAGGAAAGGAAGACUGCUCGGAAAGAGAACAAGAAGAAGGUGAAGGAAGAGAAGAGAGAAGCUCGCAAGACAAAGAUCCCAAAGGCUGAGAAGAAGAAAAGGAAGAAAAUGGCAAAAGCAAAGUGCAAGCGUUAGAGAAAAUGAUUUUACAAAAAUAGUGCAACCAGUAGAGUAUGCGGAACAGACAUACAUCUGGAAGCUCAGUGCUUCUCCCUAUGAGGCAAACAAGGGGCGCUGAUUUUCCAAUUUAGUUUACCUAUCACUUUUCUGGUUUGUUUUGAAUUUUGAAUGUAUACGCAAGAAAUCACUUUUUGAAUAACUUGUAUCAGGGUAUAUUGAACUACAAGAGGCCUUUUAGGAGUGUAAUGCUUCUCCUUAAGUCUUUAAA